UUCCACAGUUAAUUGCAAUGAAUGAGAAUAAUAAAAGAAGACGUAGCAGAUGAACAUGUCAAUUUGUGUUUAUUUUUUCCGUGUUUACGCAGACCUGUUUGUAAAUUUGUGUGUAAAUCUGUCACUGUGACCUUUUAAUCUCUUCAUAGUUCUCUUCGUAACAGUAACUCUAAAAAGGUCUUAUCGCAGCGUUAUGAUUUCUUCUGUAUUUCGUUGUGUUCUUUGUGUUUUAAACUAAUAACAUCUCAAACCAAUACCUUUUAAGGGAGUGUACUCUUAAAUUACAUCGUGUCCUGUGAAGUAUAGGUUUACUCUGAAACAGUUGGAAAUAAAGUUUAACAAUUUCGGUAAAACAGACUAUUUCGAAGGAAUGAGACAGCAGAGAAAUAGACUAGAACGGGAUACUUUACAUAUCGAUUCAGUGGAAAAUGGAUGGCUUUCUACUUUAGACAAAACAGACCUCACGAGAGGACACACAACAGAAAUGCUCAGGUUGUUGGAGAGUCUGUCCCAGGCUUACGUUCCAAGGCAUUACAUCAUUGCUGAUACGGACAAAAUGAGUGAAGAUAAAAUCCGUUUCCUUGAAGCUUCCAGAAGAGAAAAGGAUGGAGAACAAAAGUUUACCAUCCAUCGGAUACCUAGAAGUCGUGAAGUGCAACAGUCCUGGAGCUCUUCUGUGCUCACUACUUUGCAUUCCUUGGUCUACUCCAUGCCUCUAGUGUUUAAAUUGAGGCCAGAUUUGGUGUUGUGCAAUGGACCAGGAACAUGUGUCCCACUUUGUGUGUCAGCCCUCCUUCUAGGAGUCUUGGGAGUGAAGAAAGUGCUUAUUGUCUAUGUGGAGAGCAUCUGUCGGGUGGAAACACUGUCGCUCUCUGGGAAGAUAUUAUAUCAUUUGUCAGACUACUUUCUUGUUCAGUGGUUGUCACUGCAAGAAAAAUAUCCUAAGUCUGUUUAUAUUGGCAGAACUGUUUAAAGAACAUAAAAACCUUUAAAAAGACAAACAAGUGCAGCUGGUACUGAUAACAGACAUGAUCUGGGUUCAUAAUGCUAUUCAUGUACUCAUUUUGGCUGAAGAAUAUCUGUGUUUUUCCCAGGAAUGUCUGCAUAUUAAAACCAGUUCAUGCAAUAGUUUAAUGGAUGUGAACACUAUGUUAGACAUUUUUUAUACAGUAUUCUGUAUUUUGGAGUGUUAAUGACUAUAAAAAGUUAUUUCAUUGUUAUCAGGGUAUAGUUUUUUUAAUCUCAAAAGUAUUCUUAUGGGUCUCAUGUCAAGGAAAGACCAGUGCUAACCAUAAGUGCUAACGAUUGUACGAAAGAAGGCGAAAAAAGACCUCCAGAUUGAAAAACCAUGGGUUCAAAUCCUGAGCUGGAAGCUCAGGUACAUGAAGAGUUUGCUUUACUCAAAUUGCUGUAUAAAAGAGUGUUCAGAUCA